AUGGAUCUGACACCUCCUUCUACGCCCCCAACACCCCAUCCUAAUCCUCUCGCUGACGUCUUCUCUGACUCCCCCCUGCAUAUUCCCCGCUUACGCUCAAGGCAUGCGACGGCUGGCUAUCGCGCUGGCAUCUCCAGCUCAAAACAGAAACAUCUACAGCAAGGUUUCGAUGAGGGGUACUCAUUGGGCGCCGCUUUUGGUCUGAAGGUGGGUUGGCUUUUGGGUGCACUUGAGAAGUUAAGGGUCGCUCUCCACUCUAGGAAACCUGAGAAGGCAGGAGCGGGUGAAGAGGCGGAUAUAUUGGGACAGUCUAUGGAAGAAAUGAGGGUGGAAUUGACAUUAGAAUCGAUAUUCGGGAAGAAGUGGUGGGAUGGGGAAGGCUUGUGGCAGUAUGAAGUAAACACUAAAGCAGAAACGGAAGGACAAAUGGAUGCCAAAGGCAAUGAGAUAGUUUUCCGAGACGUAGUAGACUGUCAUCCUCUUGUGAGGAAAUGGAGUGAGGUCAUCGAGAAGGAGUUAGAGCUGGCUGGACUAAGCUGGCGAGUGUUUCACGGGGAAGAGUGGGAAGAGGGGAGAGUUGAAGGCUGA